AUGACGAUGUUCCGAUGUUCCGGUGUCGCAGACGCCCGAGGCCCGGGGCGGGGGCUGGGGGGCUGGGCCGGGAGCUUUCGGGCCAUGGCGUACGGCGGGUACGGCGGGUACGGCUACGUCCCGGUGAAUCCGGGGAAGACGCAGAAGGCCGUCAGCGAGUCCCACAAGCAGUCCAUGUGCGUGCUGGCCAUUGGCCUCAUCUUGAUCUUCAUGAUGCUGGCGAUCGGGUUUUCCUACACGUGGUACUCCAACGAAGUGCCGCGGCAAUGCCCGUCCGGGCUGUCCACGGUCUUCUGGCUGUCUGGAAUCUCCAACUUCGCCCUGGCUGUGCUGCUGGCAAUCGGACUAUACCUCAUGCAGGGCAUGAUGCUGUCAGUGAGCCACCAAACGCUGGCACAGAGCAUGGAGGACCAUGCACAGGUGUAUUCCAUUUCAGGCGGCCAGCACUCGGCCUCCGCCGCUGCGCAUCGCUCGGAGUUCCAGGAGAGCGCUCUCCACUACGGGGGAGGAAUGACGGCGGUCUUGGUGUUGCAAUGUUUGGUGAUGGUUUUUCAGUUUGGCCUGGGCAUCUACGGCAUCUUUGAGGUGGUUCGGAUACAGAGAGAGGGAAGCACCUAUUUGUGCGGCAACGCCAUCCCGGUGUUCUGGACUCUUUGCAGCUUGCACGUCAUUCAGCACUGCUGCAAUGUGGGGAAGUUCCACAAGGGCUUUCAGCAUCAUCCGAGAGGCCCAGAUACCGAAGAGGGGCUGGAAAGUGAGUAG